CCGCUGCAUGUCAGCUUCACUGUGGCGUUUUGUGAGGACUUCUGUUGAUCCGAAUUCAAAACACAAAACCUCUGGAUCCUGAGUGGUUGGCCAUGGCGUCUGACUCCCCGCGCAGACCGAGCCGCUGUGCUGGUGGGGUUGUGGUUCGAGCACAGGCUGCAACAGAGCAAUCAUACAUGGAGAGCGUAGUUACGUUCUUGCAGGAUGUAGUCCCUCAGGCAUAUACUGGGACACCUCCAAAUGAUGAAAAAGAGAAGAUAGUUUGGGUCCGCUUUGAGAAAACAGACAUCAGUGAUGUGGCUCGCUUACCAGAGUUCCAAGAGAUGCACGGCAGCGGCACUGACCCGCCUCUCUGCUUGAUGAUUGGAUACACUGAUGGAAUGCAGAUUUGGAGCAUAUCACUGAACGGGGAAGCACAGGAGCUCUUCUCCGUGAGGCAUGGACCUGUGCGAGCUGCUAGGAUCCUGUCUGCUCCUUAUAUCAGUUCCCUCAACACUGACAGCUUCGCUGAGAAACGGCCCCUCCUCAGCGUGUGCAAGAGCACGGGCUCUUCGGGGACAAGUCCCCCUUAUUGUUGUGUGGAUCUUUAUUCCUUGAGGACAGGAGAGAUGGUCAAGUCCAUACAGUUUAAAACGCCCAUCUAUGAUCUGCACUGCAACAAAAGGAUCCUCGUAGUUAGUCUUCAAGAAAAGAUCGCUGCCUUUGACAGCUGCACCUUUAUGAAAAAGUUCUUUGUCACAAGCUGCUACCCCUGUCCUGGGCCCAACCUCAACCCUAUAGCUCUGGGAAGCCGGUGGUUGGCCUAUGCUGAGAACAAGACAUUGAAAACGGGCCUGACAAUGGUGGGGAAGGUUGUGACCCAGCUCGCUGGUACACUGCCAUCAGGGGCACCUGACGAGGAGGGCACUGCCCAUAGUGGCACCCGCCGCAGUCCUCACCAGUCUGGUGUGGUCACCAUCAUAGACACACACACUGUGGGAGAAGGACAGGUACUUGUUAGUGAGGAUUCUGAUGGAGAAGGAGUGAUUGCACAUUUUCCAGCACACGAUAAGCCUAUAUCCUGCAUGGCGUUUAAUCCGAGUGGUAUGUUAUUGGUGACUGCAGACACCCUUGGCCAUGACUUCCACGUUUUCCAAAUCUUGACUCACCCAUGGGCAUCUUCCCAGAGUGCGGUUCAUCAUCUAUACACGCUUCACAGAGGAGAGACUGAGGCUAAGGUGCAGGACAUCUGCUUCAGCCAUGACUGCCGCUGGGUGGUGAUCAGUACUCUUCGUGGUACCUCUCAUGUCUUUCCCAUCAAUCCGUAUGGUGGAGCGCCAUGUGCACGCACGCACAUGUCUCCACGUGUGGUCAAUCGCAUGAGCCGUUUCCAGAAGAGUGCCGGACUGGAGGAGAUCGAGCAAGAGCUGAGCAGCAAACAGGGCGGCCGGUGUAGCCCCAUUCCUGGCCUCUCUAGUAGCCCAUCUGGAUCACCACUACAUGCCAAACUCACCAGUCAAGAAUCCUUUAACAACUUCACCAACAACAACAUGGGUAACCCACGGCUGUCUCCAUUACCCAGUUUGACGGUCGUGCUUCCACUGGCUCAAAUCAAGCAGCCGAUGACCUUGGGCACCAUCACCAAGCGCACUGGCAAAUCCAAGCCACCUCCCCAGAUCUCUCCCAGUAAGUCCAGUGGUGGGGAGUUCUGCGUGGCUGCAGUCUUCGCCCCCUCCCGCUCUUGGUUCAUCACCAACCCCAACAUGAAGAGAGAGAAAGAUCAGUCUCGGCAGGCUGUCGUUGAAUCACUGUACAUCCUGAGUUGCUACGGAAAUCUGGUGGAGCAUGUGCUGGAACCUCGUCCAAUCAGCACGGCACAAAAGAUAGGCGACGACACGCCUCUGGAGCUGAACACCUGUCCGAGAGCCUGUUGGAAUCUAGCCAGGACACCGCAGUGGAAUGAGCUACAACCACCUUUCCACAGCAACCACCCCUUGGUGCUGGCCUCAGACUUUGUGCAGUGCUAUCAAUACCUCCUGGCUGGAUUGGCUCCGCCUGGCAGCCCUGGCCCCAUUACCCGACAUGAGUCGUAUGACAGUCUGGCAUCCGAUCACAGUGGCCAGGAGGACGAAGAAUGGCUCUCACAGGUGGAGAUUGUGACCCACACAGGCCCUCACAGGAGACUCUGGAUGGGCCCUCAGUUUCAGUUCAAGACCAUCCAUCCAUCGGGUCAGACCACUGUUAUCUCCUCCAGCUCCUCUGUACUGCAGUCACAGGGGCCCAGCGACACCCAGCAGCCUCUCCUUGAUUUCGACACAGACGACCUGGACCUGCACAGCCUCAGGAUCCAGCCAGUGCGUUCAGAACCCGUUAGCAUGCCUGGUUCCUCUCGCCUGGUGGCCGACCGUAGAGGCCAGUCGACAGUCAUAGAUACCGGCUCAGGCAUGUUUGACCGCAGUGUCACCCUGCUGGAGGUGUGUGGCAGCUGGCCUGAGAGUUUUGGACUGCGUCACAUGUCCUCUGUGGAAGCCACAGAAGAGGGCCUGAAGGAGAGGCUGGCAGAUGCAAUGUCAGAGUCGCCCAGCAGAGACAUUGUGGGCUCUGGGACAGCAGAGCUCCAGAGGGAGGGAAGCAUCGAGACGCUCAGCAAUAGUUCUGGCUCCACCAGUGGCAGCAUUCCCCGAAACUUCGAGGGCUACCGGUCCCCUCUCCCCACCAAUGAGAGCCAGCCCCUCAGCCUCUACCCCACCGCCUUCCCCUAAAACCAGCCGUCCUGCCCCAAGGAAAACUUCUCUGUCGCCUUUGGACAAUCUUGACAGUACAACCACAACACAUCAACACAACUCCAUCCUUCUCCGCUAUAUCUUUUCUCUGUUCUUUUUCCUUUAAUCAAACCUGGCAUGCAGGAAAACCCUGUUCAAUCAGGCCUUGCGUUACCAUCCUUUGUCAUUCACUUCUCUUGUAGAUUAAUGUUAACAUUGCCUCCACCUGAGAGAGAGAAAGAGUGUGCAUGGAUAUUAACCUUGACGGGUCAGAUGAACUGUAAAAUGGAUCUGUUGGAGUUGCCACUUUUCUCAAAGAUGUGUCAUAUUACCAAUAUCAUUAUUGAUCGAACUUCCAGUGUGCAUCUUUAUUGAAUGCGUGCAUGUGUGUGUGAGUGAGAGUGUGUGCUCAUCAAAUACGUGUCCUGAUUAGUUCUCGGUAGUUGAGUUUAGGUUUGAGCUCACAAAGCGCUAUGCUGGUUUCCGAUCACACAUCAGUAGACAGUGUUUGAUAUAUUUUAGUAGACAUGUACUGUAGUUCACAUUUGAAUUGAUUUGACUUUUAUAGGUAAUCAAACAUGGUCAUGUUUACAAUUGAAUCUUGUUACAUUAUAGUGUUUAUGA